AUGAGCCUCGAAGGGCGACCUCCCCAAGAAACGCUCGCGAUGGGUUUCCCAGAGCACGGCGCUGGACUUUCCCCGGCACCAACGACAGCUCCUAGCGAGGAGUCGAGGCAAUUGAUGCUCGAAGCCAGAAGUCUACCCCCCAAUGCCUGUGGAGUUCGUCGCCUUGAUAAUGGAAGUACCGAGUCCGACGACCCAGACGCGACCAGGACUGUAGACCCUUCGGACACUGCAACAACCACGCCACCUCCGUCCGGAUCAUCCUCGAACUCGACAGGUGCCAUCGUCGGAGGCGUGGUCGGUGGGGUGGCCGUGGUAGCCAUAGCCGUCUGCGUCAUCGUCUGGUUGGUAUUGCGGCGGAGGAAACGCUCGAGGGAGGACGGGUGGCAUAUUCCUUUGACGCCAGGCUCUCAAUUGCAGCACACUCAGCCAUAUUACUCUCAAGCUGGGUAUGAGGAGCAUGAUGACCCUUCCAAGGCGCAACGCGGGCCGAUGACCUCGCCCACACCUCUUGUUGAGGUGCAGGGAAGCAACGUGAUCGACAACCGAAGACCGGUGGAGCUAGGAACUUGA